AUUUAGACAAACCACUAAUAGAAACACCGCACCGGUGGAAAUUCCUCGCCGACGGCGUCAAACCGGGUUCUGGGUCCGGCCGACCGUUACAAGCCACGUGGCACAAUCAUAAGCUCCCAUGUUUUGACCCCCAAAUCAAAUUGCGAGAACUAAUAGCUAAAUCCAAAAAUCUCCGGCCUCUCUCCACCAUUUUCCCUACAAGAAAUCGUUCCGAUUUACCUCAAAAGAAACUCAGAAUCCAACUCUGAGUUUUCAGUUAGUAACAUUCCCAAAUUUUUCUGGGGAAAAACGAUGUCGUCGCCGGACAUAGCCGGAAUGCUGGACAACUCGAAGGAGCUCGAUCGGCUGAGGAAAGAACAGGAAGAGGUGCUCCUCGAGAUCAACAAGAUGCACAAGAAGCUACAAUCUAGUGUGUAUCGGUCCCACCCUCCAGAAGUAGUUGAAAAGCCUGGUGAUAACUCACUUUCAAGGCUGAAAAUGUUAUAUACUCAAGCCAAAGAGCUGUCUGAGAGUGAAGUGACUAUUUCCAGCCAACUGUUGGGACAAAUCGAUGCAUUGCUGCCUUCUGGAACUCAAGGGCAAAACCGGCGAAGGAUAGAAGGCAGUGAGCAGAAGAAAAAGAAGGUGAAGGCAGAUUCGGAAGUCCCGAGACUCUCUCAGCCUAUGCGUAGUCAUUUAGAGUCUCUUGCGAGUUUGAAGGGUGAACAAGUGGCAGCACGGAUCACUCAAGAGGAAGCUGGAAAGGAUGAGUGGUUUGUGGUUAAAGUUAUCCAUUUUGAUAAAGAAACAAGACAAUUUGAGGUAUUAGACGAGGAACCAGGGGAUGAUGAAGAGAGCACUGGGCAGAGAAAAUAUAAGCUGCCUAUGUCUCAUAUAAUACCGUUUCCUAAACGGAAUGACCUCGCUAGUGUCCCCGAUUUUCCUCCGGGAAAACAUGUUUUGGCUGUUUAUCCCGAAACCACAACACUAUAUAAAGCAACUGUUGUCCAGCCUCGAAAGAGGAAGAUUGAUGAUUAUGUGUUGGAAUUUGACGAUGAUGAAGAGGAUGGAUCUUUGCCUCAACGCGCCAUGGGAAAGAAGAAAGGCGAAGAAAGCCCUAACCCGAGCGAGCUGAAGGAAGGACACAAUUUGCUCGGCCCGCCGACUUUCGAGCAGCUGGAGAAUGGCCGGCUCAAGUGCGUGGAGACCGGCCACGAGCUGCCGCCUCACGCCAGAGACUCCUACGCCGACUCCAAGCACUGCCGGCUGGGGCUCAUCGACGCCGCCCUCGCUCGGAACAAGCCGCCCCUCAACAUGUUCAAGCAAGAUCCGGCCGCCCGUUCCAAGUUAAUAUGCAGAUUGACUGGGGGUACAAUCAACAAAACGGAGGAACAUAUAUGGAAGCAUAUAAACGGGAAGCGUUUUCUGAACAUGUUAGAUAAAAAGGAGGCAGAAAAAGAAGCACCAAAUGGAAAUACGGAGAAACAGGAAGAGAAGAAGGAAAAGAAGAAAAUCAAGUACAGUGGAUUGAAGAAUAAGAAUAAGAAGAAAAUGGAGGAAGAGAUAGAAAAUAUUGAUGAUAUCAUCAAUGAAGUAAGGGACCCGGAUGAAAAUGGUAGUGAUUCUGAAGAUGAAGAUGACUUUUGGAUGCCUCCGGAAGGUGAACGGUGGGACAAUGAUGAUGGGGGUAACCGUUGGGGCUCCGAUUCAGAAUCGGGACCCCAGACUGAAGAUGAUGACGAUGAAGACAUGGGAGCUGAAGAGGAUAAGCUUGAAACUGCAGAGAUAUCAAAACGGACAAAGCGAAUGUCUCUAGAAAUCGGGCCUAGUAGCUUUGCCUCAAGGAAGAAGAAGAAGAAGACUGAUGUGCCAUGAAGUUUUUUUUUUUUUAGCAAAUUGAGCCAAAAAUCCAGUUCUCAUUUGUAUUUGUUUAUUCCACCAUUUACAUAGGAGUAUAAAUCAUCAAACGAACCAGAAAAAUGGCCCUUUAUCGCUGUACUUGGUCUUUCGGUUCUUUGUUUUUCCAAAGCAAACGAAUCAGUUUGUCUGCAAAUUAUAUUUGAAUUUUGAAUAAUUCCAUUACAUUUUGGUUCUGAG